ACCACACAAUCAACUGUCAGGCUGGGGAGACGGAAGAGUGACCACCGGAGCUGAAAUAACUACAAACUUUACAGACUUCCAAUUUCUUAUAUAAAUAAAGGGGUUAGUAGUGAAUUACGUUUAGAGUUUAACGUGACUGCAUGUGAUGAAAACGCAGCUUGUAGAUGAAGCGCCUUCAUCUCGAGUUUGCGCUUCCGUGUUGAAGAAGGGGAAUACCUUAACUAUCUAUUUCAGCUGCGCUUGUGUUUGUAGGCCUGGCCAGGGACGCGGGGAUGUAGUACUGACAAGUACUGAGAAGUACAGAUAAGUACUGCUCACACUCAGGUUCCUGGCUGGAUUUGUCCCCGGCAUGAAGAGGAAAUCUACAACUAUGGGUUUAACUCACAGUCAGUCUCCAUGUGAGCGGCCGGUGCUCUCCAGCGGACCUGUAAGCUCCUGUUAGACCACACACCUGAGAUUUACCUGCACACAAGACAGAUUUACCUGCUAUACCUCACACACACAGUGAAGGUUCAUCAAAUUAUUCCUCGAUCUGCCCUGAUUCUUAUCUGCAGUAUCUGUAUUUCCUGAGACAUCUUCCAGUGUUAUUAGUAAUCCUGUCCUCGCAUUUGGACAACUAUUAACCCAUUCUGCCUCAGACAUAGACAAACUCAGAAUCAGGGAAGUGCGCACUAAGUGUACGAAAAGUAAAUUGCGAUUUGGGCGGACAUAAAGGCGAUUCAUAGACAUUUCCGGGAAUUGUUAUCAUCCCACAAUAAUCUGUAAGUGGAAGAAACCAUGGAGCCAAAUCACAGAGAGGCGUUUCCCUUGCCUCUGGACAUCUGGGAGGAAAUCUUCCUAAAUCUUCCUCCUCACCAGGUGGUUUGUGUGUGCCGUUUAGUGUGCCAUCAAUGGAAAGAUGUGGCAGACAGCGAGUCUUUCUGGAGAGAAAGGUGUAGAAGAGAAGGAUAUCGCCUCAGAGAUGCUUCCAAAACACCCAAAGACUGGAGGUUGUUUUAUUUCUGUUGCAAGAACAGGAGAAAUCUUCUCAAGAACCCCAGAGGGGACGAUAAAUUGAGGGGUUGGGUCGUUGAGGACGAUGGUGGGGAUCACUGGAAGAUAGAAGCACUAAUGGAACCACAUCCAAAUGAUGCAGUCCAGACAAACUUUGUGACUUCUUACGGAAUGUGCAAAAAGUCACAGAAGAUAAAUUUGGCGAAGGAAGGUUACAGUCCAUCUUUUAUGGAUAAGUUCCAGCCACACAUCCAAAUAUCUGAUUGGUACUCACCUCGAUGGGAUUGUGGCUCUGAAUAUACAAUCUUGGUGCAGCUGUUGAAUCACAAGAAGGAGGUGAUUCAGGAAUUUGCUCCUGAGACUGUGUACUUCCAGCAGUGGAAUGAUCAUCAGUGGCAUCAGAUGACCCACGUCUUCAAGGACUAUGGACCAGGAGUGAGAUAUGUCUAUUUUGUACACGGUGGCAAAGAUACGCAGUUCUGGGCAGGAUGGUAUGGCAUUCGUGUUACGGACAGCUGCGUUGAGGUGUGUCCAGCGAUAGAUGCGUAGCUUAUCCAGUUAUCCUACACCUGUAUUAGAUCACAGGUUUCAAAUAGCUUAGCUUUAGCUGAUUGGAAACCACCUCACCCAUUUGCUCUGCAAAAACCUUUAUUCAGCAAAACCGUCCUGCCCAAAGCUAACAGUCACAGUUUACUAGAGAAUCAACUAUGUAACAAAGCACCUUGUCAAAUAUGUUAAUCUUGUUUUGAUCAUUUGUGGUGUGGGGAAAAGUCUUUGGAAUCUUUUUUUUGUUUGUUUUUUUGGCAUGAAUGUGACCUAAAGGAUCAGUUUCAAAUACAAAAAAAUAAAGAGAAUAUAAAUAAACAAACAAGGCAAUUCAAGUGCCAUGACAUAAUGUAUAUAAAAUGUAUACUAUGUAGAAUUGUGUCCCUACCUGUAAUACCCUGAAAUUGCCAUGGCACCAGAGGCACUAUUGAUGUGAAGGAAAUGUCAUUUACUCAAAUCAAUUAGUUUUACCAUUAACAUUUUGUUUUGUGAUAAUUUGUUAAUGAUGAACCUUUACAUGUUUAGAGAGAAGUCAUUUAUUUAAUCAUCUUCCCUGUCCAAUUAGAAUGUUGGAAAUAAGUGUUAAGAAUGUUUUUAAUGCCUGGUUUAAACAUGUACUCCAUGUCAGUGGUCCUGUGAGCACCAUCUUUGCUGUUUCCUUUCCAACUUCCGUCCUGCCUCGGUCUGCUGUCCCACAUUAUCGUCUUGCUCAUAAGUGGCCUUAUACAGGGAUCCACCAAUUCACGUUAAAUGAAUGUAUAUUCAGAAAUGCUUUAAAAAAAGUAACAUUUUCUUUAAAAUUGUACAAAUGAAUAAAUAAAUCCUGUAAUUUGAGAGAUAUGAGGAAGUGAAUGUAGAUUUUCUAUUAUGACAAGAGUAAUAAGGAACCUGAGUUUAAGAGUGGAGCCUAACAAAAUAAUGCAAAAUGUCAAAGUAAAGUCCCCAUAAAAACAUAUAAAAGAGGUAAAGUAAAUGUAAUUCAAAGAAUUUGCUUGGCAUACCUUAAGCAUGAAAGUAAUCCAAGUACCGUGAGUUGUUUACUGAUACUUUUCCAAUCUUUUUUUUAUACCACUGAUCCUCAUUGAUACUCAUUUAUUACAUCAUAAAAAUGUAUAACGACACUGAAUCCACAUACCUAUCAGAACACAAAACACACUGCAUUGAAAGAUUUAAUCUUAAUACUGGUUUAUUGUGGUGCUUCAUUACAAGUAAAGUACAGUACAUCACUGUCAAAUUAAAUAAAAAUAAAAAACUCAAACAUG